AGGAAGGGGCUGCCCGUAUGUGCAGGAACACUCGGAAGGUGUCGCAAUCCUCAGUCCCCCAGCUGUCAUUAACGAAAGAGCUGGGGAGAGAAGCCAGACUGCAGCAGGUUUCAGGAACCUGACUCGAAGAGCUGAGAGAACGAGGAGGCCAGCACGUCUGCCCAGGCUCCAGCGUGAGUAAGGGCUGCCUGGGGAAGCCAAGCCCAGCUAGGUGGAGACCGGGAGUCCCAGGACCGCUCACCCAGCUCUUCUACAAGCCACUGUCCCGGCCUCAGCCUGGAUGGGGAAACUGAGGCUCGGAAAGGUGAAGUAAUUUGUACAAGGCCACAAAGCUGGUGAGCACCAGCGGGCACUAUGGCAAGGCUGGGAGCCUGCGGCUUGACCAGAGCAGCCUUGAUCAUCCUGUUCCUCCCCAGAAGCUUGGAGAACUGCGGACACAUCAGCAUCUCUGCCCCCAUCGUGCGCCUGGGGGACCCUGUCACGGCCUCCUGUACUGUCAGCCAGAGCUGCAGCUACCUGGAGCCAGAGCCACGGAUCCUUUGGAAGCUGGGAGCAGAACUGCUGCAGCACAAGGGGAGGCAGCAGACCCAGCCUGAUGGGUCCCAGGAAUCAAUCAUCACCCUGCCGAGCCUCAACAGCACGCACACCUUUCUCCUGUGCUACCUGAACUGGAGCAACAGCCUGCAACUCCUGGACCAAGUUGAGCUGUGGGCAGGCCACCCUCCAGCCAUGCCCUAUAACCUGUCCUGCCUCAUGAACCUCAUGAGCAACAGCCUCAUCUGCCAGUGGGAACCAGGACCUGACACCCACCUGCCCACCAACUUCACCCUGAAGAGCUUCAAGAGCCGGGGUGACUGUCAGACCAAGGAGGACCCCAUCAAGGACUGCGUGCCUGCAGACGGGCAGAGCUACUGCUCCAUCCCUCGCAAACACCUGAUCUUGUACCAGAAUAUGGUCAUCUGGGUGCAGGCAGAGAACGCACUGGGGACCAGCCAGUCCCCACAGCUGUGCCUUGAUCCCAUGGACGUUGUAAAACUGGAGCCCCCCACACUGUUGGCCGUGGACCCCCACCCUGAGGUGGCCCUACCCCAGCCAGACUGCCUGUGGUUGCGCUGGGAGCCAUGGAAGCCCAGCCUUUACAUGGACCAGAAAUGUGAACUGCGCUACCGGCCACAGCUGCAAGGAGCCAGCUGGGCACAGGUGGGUCCCCUGCCCUCCAGAACUGUCCGUUAUGAGCUCUGUGAGCUCCGUCCAGCCACAGCCUACGCCCUGCAGAUGCGCUGCAUCCGCGCACUCCUGCCCGGACAAUGGAGCAGCUGGAGCCCCAGCCUGGAGCUGCAAACUACGCAAGGGGUCCCCAUCGUCAGACUGGACACAUGGUGGCGGCAGAGGCAGCUGGACCCCAAAACCAUGGGUGUGCAGCUGUUCUGGAAGCCCACACCCCUGGAGGAGGACAGUGGACAGAUCCAAGGGUACCUGCUCUCCUGGAGCCCCACAGGCCACACCAAGCCGGCCCUGCCCCUCUGCAACACCACAGAGCUGAGCUGCACCUUCCACCUGCCUUCAGAGGCUGGGGAGGCGACCCUUGUGGCCUACAACAGAGCUGGGACCUCUCAUCCCACCCCAGUGGCCUUCCAGGAGAGCAAAGGCCCACCCCUGGCCAGACUCCACGGUAUGGCCCGAGACCCUCGGAGCCUCUGGGUGGGCUGGGAGCUACCCAGCCCUGUCCCUCAGGGCUAUGUGAUUGAGUGGGGCCUGAGUCCCCCCAACUCCAACAGCAGCGAUAUGACCUGGAGGUUGGAACCCAAUGGGAGCAUCACGGAAAUUCUGCUGCAGGAGAACAUCAGGCCCUUUCAGCUGUACGAGAUCACUGUGACUCCCCUGUACCAGGGCAUCAUGGGACACCCCAAGAACAUCCAUGUCUACUCCCAAGAAAUGGGCCCUCCCCGCGCCCCAGUGCUGCAUCUAAAGCACAUUGGUAAGACCUGGGCUCAGCUGGAGUGGGUCCCUGAGCCCGCUGAGCUGGGGAAGAGCGCCCUCACCUACUAUACCAUCUUCUGGACCAACUCUCAGGACCAGUCCUUCUCUGCUGUCCUGAAUGCCUCCUCCCAUGGCUUUGUCCUGCAUGGCCUGAAGCCCUCUAGUCUAUACCAUGUCCAUCUCAUGGCCACCAGCCAGGCCGGGGCCGUCAACAGUACAAGCCUCACCCUGAUGACCUUGGCCCUAGGAGAGUCCGAGCUACACAUCUUCCUGGGCGUGUUUGGCAUCCUGGUUUUGCUCAUCUUCCUCUGUGGGGUUGCCUGGCUCUGCUGCAGCCCCCGCAGGAAGAAUUCACUGUGGCCGAAUGUGCCAGACCCGGCCCACAGCAGCCUGGGCUCCUGGGUGUCCACCAUCAUGGCAGAGGAGACCUUCCAGCUACCUAGCCUUCAGGACCCUAGCCUGACAUCCAUCACCAAAAUCACCGUGCUGGAGGAAGAGGAAAAGAAGAAGCCGGGGUCCUGGGAGACCAGUGACAGCUCAGAGACCUGUGGCCUCCCCACCCUAGUCCAAGCCUAUGUGCUCCAGGGAGACCCAAGAGCAGCUCCCACCCAGUCACAGUCACAGCCUGGCACCAGUGACCAGGUCCUUUAUGGGCAGGUGCUGGGCAGCCCCACCACUCCAAGGCCAGGGCACUACAUUCGCUGUGACUCUACUCAGCCCCUCUUGGGAGCUCCCACCCCAAGUCCUAAGUCCUAUGAGAAUCUUUGGUUCCAAACCAGCCCCCUGAGGCCACCUGUGUCUCCAUCCCCAAACCAGGAGGAUGACUGUGUCUUUGGGCCACUGCUCGACUUCCCCCUCCUGCAAGGGCUCCGUGUCCAUGGAGUGGAGGGAUUAGGGGCCUUCUAGGGUUUGCUGAGUCUCCCUACCUAGGCCUACCUCUUGACAGGCUAGGACUACCCAGAGGAGAGGAGGGUCGGUAAGCCCAUCACUAAAACUUACCCAGGCCCAGGAAAGACAGGAAGGCUCCCAGUCUCUCCCUAUCCCUGGUUUCCACCACUGUUCUCCCUCUCAGUCUCCAUGGGCUAGGCCUGCCAGGCUACCUGCAUAACUUACAAGGCAGGAAAUGCUCUGUCCAGCCCCACCUACUAGCUUUUUGUGCUUGUUUCCUAUAGUAAUUUCAGUCUCAUAAACUGAUUUUUUAGCAUUGGGUUUUUCAUUGUUGUUUUUAGAAACCCAUGCCUGAGUCUGUUUCUUUUCAAGGGUCUAGCAGUCAGGGGAUUACUUCUCAGAAUCAUUCAUGCAACUAGCUCCCAGCUAGCCUCUCUAGUGAUGGCAAAACUUUUAGAGCUUUCAGUGAUAACAAACACCCCACUGCAGCACAAAUGCCAUAGGUUUGCCACCACUGAUGAAGACCUGCGCCAGUAGCAGAGAUCCAAGAAAGACAGCUCAGUCCACCCUCAGAGAACUCAUUUUUUUGGGGAGUGGGUACCAGGAAUCGAACUCAAGACCUUGCACUUGCUAGGCAGGCACUUAUGCCACUGAGCUAUAUCCUCAGCCCCAAGAACUCACAUGUCUGUGGUACAGACCUAAAACUGGUUAUUGGGACACAGAAGCAAGGAUUACAGGGAAAGGCAGAGUGCAGGGGAACAUGGUGAGGAGUCUAGGAUAAGACUAAUCCCUAUUGGGGAAAUAUAAUUGAACAUAAACUCUCUUGAGAACCCAGAAACCCUCUCCACAAGGAUAAACGAGCAAAAAACA